GUGUACAUGCAUGGUUAAGCCAUUGAUAAUGCAGUUGCUGAUACUGGAGUCUGUUAAGUGUUAACCAAAUAUGACGAGUGACGCUAGAAAAACAAAGCGGAACUAACAGGAUCGAAGUGCAUCAGAUUUCGCCAUUCACGAUAAAUAAGUUGAGAUUUUUGGUUCCCAGCUUCCACUACAAGUCUGGCUAACGUUUCCUCCCCUCGCCUAUUUCACCUAUAUAUGGUCUUUUACAUAUUAUUACGAUAUAUAUAUCAGCUCCGUUGCUGUGAUACAUAUUCAAACCAUUCUGUAACAUUAACAUGUUAAAUUCUUUUUGUAAUGGUUAUUAUGCGUCUCGAAUAUGGGUUCUCCCCUUUAAUUACUUUAGUAUUUAAAAUGAUGAUUGCGUUUAAUUAGAUAAAAAGUAAUUUGGCGUCACAGAAACUUAUAUUUGACAUGGUGAUAUGUGACCCGUAGAUCUUCGGAUAAAACAGAUGGCGUCACCGAUACUUUUAUUCUUUAUUGUUAUGUUUUCUUAAAUAUUCAACACUUUUUUUGUAACAACCAAUUUUCAAUAUAACUAUUUCGAUUAAUGAAAAAUAGGUUUUCGGAAUAUAUUUAUUUUUUAUAUAGUUACAAUACUAAUUUAAAAGGAAAUUUAAUUUGUGAUAUGCUGGAAUAAACAACUGGAUACCUUUUCGUUGUUACAUAAAAAUAUGGAAAAACUAAAUUUUAUAUUAUCAAAUAAGAUCAGAAUCUAUGAACGAAAAAAUCAGAUCUUACAUGAAGAUUUUGUAACAAACCUCAAUCACGUUUAAGUAUAUUAUACUUCCAUUUUUCUUGUUCUAGUCGCACAGAAGAAAAUGGAUUUUUUUAUGCUCUUAACAUAUCUUUUUUCUCUCUUCCACAAUAAUCAAACAGGUCCUUCUCAUUCUUCUCCUGAUGUUAACAGUAAAAUUUUCAAUGUUUUUGAUUAUGGAGCAAUAGGAAAUGGAUAUGCCGACGAUACUAAGGCAUUCAUGGAUGCAUGGGAAGACACAUGCAAUUGCAUUGGAUCUAAAUCAACCAUGGAGAUUCCUCAAGGAAGAACAUUUCUUCUUCAGCCAGUUGGGUUUCAUGGUCCUUGUAAAUCCAAGAAAAUCGUUUUUUCGAUCAGUGGAAACCUAACUGCUCCUUAUGCUCCAUAUCAAUGGAAAUGCAAUGAAGAUUACUGUCAUCAGUGGAUCGAAUUUGCACAUAUUAAUGGACUUUAUAUCGAUGGUCCUGGUACGAUUGAUGGCCAAGGGCCAAAAUGGUGGUCGCUAAAUUGCAAAAAGUAUGAACAAGCAUGCCACAGAAGACCACGGGGUAUGGUUAUAUCACAUUCGAGUAAUGUGCAUAUAAGUAACAUUGUGGUUAAAGACAGUCCAAAUUUUCAAAUGUCAUUGGAAGAUUCGAAAUGGAUUUUCGUUAAGCAACUCACCAUAACCGCCGAUGGUGAUAGCCCUAAUACUGAUGGCAUUCACAUUCAACGUUGUCUGAAUGUCUUCGUACACAAUAGUAACAUUCAUACAGGUGAUGAUUGUAUAUCUAUUGGUGAUGGUUCAAAGUACGUUAAUAUAUCAGGAAUCUCGUGUGGUCCGGGUCAUGGGAUAAGCAUCGGAAGCUUAGGUCGAAAUGGUUCUAAAGAAACAGUGGAAAACGUUAUCGUUCGAGACUGUAUCUUCAGGAAAACAGAUAAUGGAGUUAGAAUCAAGACAUGGCAGGGAGGAAGAGGACUAGUUCGAAACAUUUUAUUUGAACGUAUAAAGCUACAUGGUGUAACCCGACCUAUCAUCAUCGAUCAGUUUUACUGUCCUCACUCGCAAUGCAAUAACCAUACUGAUGCUGUGGAGAUCAAGAAUAUAAUGUACAAGCACAUACAUGGAACAGCAGUGAAGAAACCGUUUGUGGAACUACUAUGCAGCAAAUCAGUUCCAUGCAGAGAUAUAUACAUGAACGAUAUAGACAUUCUUGACCAAGAGGAAGGAAAAGGAAAGAAAUAUCACAAACGAUCGUCACAUCCUCCUGCUGAAUGCAUCAAUGUUAGAGGAGAGUCUAAUGGUGCGAUAAAGCCUAAGCUAGCUUGUUUAGAUUCCGAAAGACAUUGAUUUGUCUAGCACACUUCUCUUUAGUUUAUUUUAUGCUUUUGAUGAAUUAGUUAGGAAGAGAACCACCAGUAUUCAUAUUUGUUUUCUUAUUUUGAUAUGCUUAAGAAAUAAUUAAAAAGUUCUUUUGAGUUACCUUGAUCAGUACCCUUGAUCGGUUGAUCCUAUGAUUAGUACUCAUCUCGAAAUCUAAAUCAACAAGUAGUUAUGUUAACUAAUCUUUAAACGGUGUCCAAGCACAAACGGCGACCAACUUUUACCUAGCAUUCGAAGCUAACUCGCUAAAGUACCCCUGAUUAACAACUUAACAAGAUCGAUCAACCAACAGCUUAUCCUGACCGUGUCGAAGCUCAUUAAAGUUCAUGUUUGAUCUCGACACUGAUGAUGUGCUUCUCGUGUAUGUUAAAACCGGCUUAGGGGCUCCAGCAUGUUCUUCCUCAGAUUAUAGAAUGGAUACUAGGAAGAAGAAACUUGUGGAGAAGUAGAAAGAAGGGAAGAAAAGGAUGAAGAGAGUUAGUUGUUCAUAUACCACAUGAGGCUUUUCAACAAAUACUCAAAGUCUCUUAGAAGACAAAAGACUUGAUGAACAAGUUGGUGUAGUAGUUUUAUGCAAUAUCUAUACUAUUAAAGCAUAAUACUUCUUAUGAAUCUGCCCCUGAAUUUUCCUAUUAAUUACAAAACAUUCUAUUCCCUUUUUCAAUUGUUUUUUCAAUUGUUUUAAAUAUUUUUCGAAAAUGAAAAGCCCAACCAAUUUGCUACUUACAUUUUCGUUUUCUAAGUCCAUUAAAUCAUUUUAAAUCCCAUUUUGUAUUCAAAGAUUUACGGAAUCAAAUCAAAUAAAAAGAAGAUCCCCCAACUUGAGGAACACGCAGAAAACUAUUUUAACUGUUUGACAUAGUAACUGAAUUUUCCAAAAACUAAUCUUAAAAUAUAGAAAGAUUCGAUUUUAAACAGAAGAUCUCCCAACUUUCUCCCCAAGUUUCUCCUAAAACCUAACACCUCGUUUUGAAUCCGAUCAAUAUUAUAAAUAGGCAACACCGAUUUCCUAUUCAAAUCCACACUUUCGAACAAACCAACAGGAUCUAUGUAGAAUAAUAUAGGACAAACAUUUUUAUUUUAAUAAUAAUUAAAAAAUAAAAUAGACAAUAUUAUAAAAAUUGACUAUAAACAAAUAAAAAAUCUAUUAAAGUAUAGAUUCGACAAAUAUUUAUUAAUAAAAAUGAAAUUUUUUUAAAAAAAAUAAGUCUGCGCUUUUAAAGCGCGGGUCAAAAUCUAGUAUAGAAAGUAAAGAAACAUCUCUUUCAGAACAUAAUCACAUGUUGAUUUGAUUAACAUAUAUAAACCGAAUUUUCAAAUUGAUAACACAAUAUAGACUAGUAAACAUUAGGAGUAAAGAGGAUAAAUACUAUUCUUAUUACAUAGAACAAGAUGUUACAAAUCAUAUACUGUUUCUAGAAAAAAUCAUAAAUAUCAUUGCAAAAAGAGAUAAACUUUGAUCAGUGCGAGAGAUUCUCUACUUUUGACGAAGUCUAUAGCCUUUGAUCUUGAAUUAUCUUGGCUGAUCAGAUACGUAGGUUUUGAAAGAGAUUCUCAACUUUGAGGGAAUCUUUCUUGGCUUUGAGUCUACACUUCAACCCUUUGAGUUGAGCAUCGAGCCUCUCUAUACUCUUCGACAAGGCUAUGACCAUCAUCUUCUUCUUCAUCAGAGGGCCUCUCGAGAAUUCAUCAUGCGAGAACUCCAACUCCCCAGGGCCCUUGGCGACACUUCUAAAGCCAUGAGAGCGAAGCUUUGCGAUAAACUCCGUCACGUUUUUGCCUAAAACAAAGGAUGAUUUGAGAAGAAUUUCGCUGCAGAGCUUUUUCAUGUCCCAGACGAUGAAACUGUUAGUAUUGCUUUUGCUCCACGAGAUGAUCUGAUCCGACGAAUGAUCGUCCACAAUCUGAUAUAACUGGACGUAGAUUCGUAGAAUGAAGAAGAAGAUCCCGUUGAGAGUUUGCGACUCAUGUUCCUUAAUCCAAAACCCUAUAUUUGAUUAGUAGAAAGGAAAUUUUCACAAGGGAUCGAAUGAGAUUUAGCCCUAAAGCUUCAAUCAUCUUUAUAUAGAGAUUCUCUCGUUAUAUAAGAGCUGUCAAUUGGUCGGGCCGUCCGUGGGCUCUCCCUCUCCAAAUUUAUAAGGGUGGUUCAUGGUCAUGCCCAAAUGACACAUGUUUCAGUUGGGCCAAAAACCAAUUUAGUUUAUGGGUAUAUUAGUUUUGGAUCAAAUGGGCAUUGGAUUAGCCCAAUAUACUUAAUAUCUAGGACUUUUAAUUGAUAGAAAAAUUAGAAUUGAAAUUUUUUUUGAGAUCGAUGACUUCUCGAUUUCUCUUGCAACGGUGAAGCGACGACAACGAAGGUUCAUCGACGACGACAACGAGGGUUCAUUGAGGUUGAAGCGAGUGUGCAGCGACGAUGACAAGAGGGUGAAGCGACAAUGACAACAAGGGUUCAUCGAGGGUCAUUGGGUGAAGCUACGACGACGGUUGAAGGUGAAGCUACGACGACGGUUGAAGGUGAAGCUACGACGACGACUGAAGGCGAUCUCUCUGUCUCUCAGGACCUCUCUCUCUCCGACGAUCUCUCUCUCCGGCGAUCUCUCUGUCUCUCAGGCUCUCUCUCUCUAUGGCGAUCUCUCUGUCUCUCAGGCUCUCUCUCUUUCCGGCGACUUCGCUCUUUCAGCCUCCAUCUCUCCUACAAUCACUCUGUCUCUCAGGCUCUCUCUCUCUCUCUCCGGCGAUCUCUCUCUCAAGCUCCAUCUCUCCGGCGACUUUGCUCUCUCAGGCUCCAUCUCCCCGGUGACCUCUCUCCCAGGCUCUCUCUCCGGCACCUCUCUCUCAAGUAAGAGUCUCUGGGAUCUAAAUGUUUUGGGUUGCUACGCUUAGUGUAUUAGUUCUGGGUAUUAAACGCUUUUGUGCUUUGAUGAAGUUUUGAUCGUAAGAGUGAAACCCUUUGAUGAAGUUUUGAUCUGUGUUUUGAUCGUAAGAGUGAAACCAUUUGAUGAAGUUGUAUGUGUUUCUUGCUUUAGCUCGUUUUGACUAGAUAUGUUUUGAAGGAAACUUGCUUGAGCUUCUCCUGUGUUACGAUUCUUUAGUGGACGUGAUUUAGUCGCUAGUGCUCUAGUUUCUGAUUAAGCGUUUGUUUAUUUGUUACAGGACAAUGAGCUUUGAUACUCCAAACCUGAUGAUUGAAGAUAGCUUUUAUGAUGAAGAUGAAAACAUGUAACAUGAAGAUACUGAUGAGGUCCAUGAGGAUGAUCCAAUGCCUCUAGAAAUCAGUUCUUCAGAAAAAGGUACCACCAGUAGUAGUAGUUCAAGUAGACGUAGAGCUAAGUGCUGGAAAAACUUUACGCCAGGAGAGAAACAUUCUGAUGGUAAAACUGAUGUCACAUGUAAUCACUGUCAAAAAUAUUAUUUCUUGAAUCUGCGUGAAAAUGGAACUAAUACUAUGAAUCGUUAUAUGAGAACUUGCUCAAAAACUCCGGGAAGUACUCCUAGAAGUAGUUAUAGAAAGCUAGAUAUGGAAGUGUUUUGUGAGAUGAUUGUUGUGGCUAUAAUUCAGCACAAUCUUCCUUAUUCUUUUGUCUAGUAUGAGAAGAUAAGAGAAGCCUUCACCUACGAUAAUCCUUCUAUAGAGUUUUGGUGUCGUAAUACAGCAGCGUCAGUUGUGUAUAAGAUUUAUGAGAAGGAGAAGAUGAAGCUUAAGGCAGUCUUGGCUAACAUCCCCGGUAGAGUUUGCUUUACCACAGAUUUGUGGAGAGCCAUUACUGUAGAAGGCUACAUGUGCUUGACUGCCCACUACGUAGAUGAAGAGUAUAAUUUGGAGAUGAAGAUCUUAUCCUUUUGUGCUUUUCCGCCUCCCCACUCUGGUAUUGUGAUAGCCAUUAAGCUGAUCGAGCUGCUAAAAGAAUGGGGGUUAGAGAAAAAGGUAUUUUCUGUAACAGUGGAUACUGCAUCUGCGAAUGAUAAUAUGCAAGGUAUUUUGAAGAGAAAGCUACAAAAAGAUUUGGUGUGCAGUGGGAAAUUUUUUCAUGUGAGGUGCUCAGCUCACAUUCUAAACUUGAUCGUGCAAGAUUAGUGGAGCUUUAGAUAAGAUCAGGGAGAGCGUUAAGUAUGUGAAAGGAUCUCAGUCUAGGGAAAUUAUGUUUCAGAACUAUAUCGAAACAGUUGGAAUACGAGCUGAAGUGGCCCAAGCGGGUCUGAUUUUAGAUGUGACAACACGCUGGAACUCCACACACUUGAUGCUAUCGAGGGCUAUUGGUUAAGGACGCCUUAAGAAACCUUAAAGAAGUUGGUAGAAGCUAUAAGAGCUUUCCGUCUGAGCUAGAGUGGGACAGAUCAGAACGGAU